GAAGUGACGGCCAUGUUUGCCGGCGCCGCUGCUGUAAACAAAAAGUGUCUCCGAGACAGACGCUUCGUUGAAUUUCGGGUCAUUUUUAUUUCUUCAAUUUAUAAUGUCGUUGGGCAUGUCUUACAAACCCAAUGUGCACCAACAGAUUCCGGGUGCUUCAGGGAACCAAGGUGAGCGAAAAAUUGGGAACAUAUCCUCAACAUCUAACAUGACAACAGUCCAGUCUUUCAGGCCGGUGGUGAAUGAUUUUGGGCCACCAACCUUGGGCUUCCAACAGGGGCCAAAUGGAAACCAGGUACCUCAAAACAAAUAUGCAGAGCUCCUGGCAAUCAUUGAGGAGCUUGGGAAGGAGAUCCGGCCGACGUAUGCUGGGAGUAAGACUGCAAUGGAAAGACUAAAGCGAGGCAUCAUCCAUGCCAGAGGGUUGGUCCGUGAGUGUCUGGCAGAAACAGAGAGGAAUGCAAGGUCUUAGCCGUGGCAAGCUGUCCCCCUCCGCACUGAACGCAGACCUGGUCAAAGAGGCACUGCAUGCUCAACUCUACAGCGAAGGCUGGAGAAUGGCAGGCAGGAGCUCUGAGUAUUUUGUUACACAGAAGAGGGACGUCACAUGCAGGGAUGAGGGGUUUUAGGCUAUUGCUCUUAAAAGGCACCUGGAAGCCUGCACUGUAAAUAGUUAUAUUGUCAGAGCCAGUUACACGUAAAAUAAGUUUUGAAUUUGAGAUAGAAAUGUAAAAAUGCAUGCAAUCGGGUACACACCCUUGAUUUAAUUGACUGAAAGUGCAUGGCCGUGUCAGGGUUAGAGUAGUCAAGAGCAUUGAUGUGGGACUGAAUAUGUGUACGUUUUUUUGAUUACAAUAAAUAAUGAAGACUUUGUAUGUUAUGACAUUAUACAAUGAGUUUGGACAGCCAGUUGCUACACCUGUUGUUUGCGUUUUGUACGUAUUUAUUACCUUGCGUAAUAAAGUGUAUUUUCCAAUAAAA